AUGGCAAUCGUUGAUGCUGUUGGUAGGUCUGGGGGCCUUGUUAGCAUGUGGGACCCAACCGUAUUUGAAUGCACCGACAUCAUAAAAAAUCAGAGGUUCAUUUUGGUACAAGGGAUGGUAAAGCACACAGGGGAAAUUCUGAAUAUAGUCAAUGUAUAUGCAUACAAUGACCCGGUAGAAAGAAGAGCCCUAUGGGAGGAGUUGGUUAUUCUUAAAAGGGCAUUAGAAGGUAUGUGGAUUUUUGGUGGGGAUUUUAACGAUGUUAGGGAACCGGGGGAGAGACUCAAUUCAGAAUAUGUGGUCGCUAAUGCAGAUCGGUUUAAUCGGUUCAUUGAGUCAGCGGAUCUGGUGGAGUAUCAGAUGGGUGGACGUAAAUUCACCUACCACUCUGAUAAUGGUCUUCAUAAAAGCAAAUUGGAUCGGUUCUUGGUGUGCAGGGAAUUUAGAGAAAAAUGGCCGACUGCUUCAGUUGUUGCUUUAUCAAAUAAAGUGUCGGAUCACUGCCCGAUCUUGCUUUGUCUUACAUCACCUAACUUCGGCCCUAUUCCGACUAGAAUUUUCAACUCUUGGCUGGACUUGCCCGGUAUUAUGGAUUUCACCCGACAAUCGCUGAAUAGUUUUUGGUUUGAAGGACCAGCAGACUUGGGACUUGCCGUCAAGCUAAAAUGGAUUAAGUUCAGAUUAAAGGAACGAGUCACUUUAAUUAAAGCAGAAAAAGAGGCGGUAUACAAGGAAAAAUUAGAAGUAUUGGAGGCCUUGGAACUGCAAGCAUAG